GCCCCGCCGGCACCCAGUGUCACUGGGUCUGGUGUCUCUGUGAGAAACUCCCAUUGCCCUGAGGCCCCAGGGCAUUAUCAUUUCCCUCUUUCAUUCCCACUAGGCUAUACCAAGUCCCAAGGGCCCUUAGACUGCCCGUGGGCCCACGACUCCCUGCAGCCGCUGGAGGAUGAAGCAAUCCCACACCAUCUUCCUAACGAGGCUCGUGCUGUCCGGGCUGCUUCUCUGGGUGCCGGCCACUGGCUACAACCUGGAGGUACGCCGUGCCCGGAGCUUCUCCUUCCCGCCGGCAGGGAGGCACUUUGGCUACCGCGUGCUGCAGGUCGGAGACAGGGUUGUCGUGGGCGCUCCGGGCGAGGGGAACAGCACAGGAAACCUCUACGAGUGCCAGCCGGCCACUGGACACUGCCUGCCAGUCAGCCUGGGUGGUUCCAAUUACACCUCCAAGUACUUGGGGAUGACUUUGGCGACAGACCCCACAGCUGGAAACCUGUUGGUCUGUGACCCUGGACUGUCUCGGACGUGUGACCAGAACACCUAUCUGAGCGGGCUGUGCUACCUCUUCGACCAGGAUCUGGGGAGUCCUGUCCUGCAAGGGCGCCCAGGCUAUCAGGAGUGCAUAAAGGGCAACGUGGACCUCGUCUUUCUGUUUGAUGGCUCACUCAGUUUACAGCAAAAUGAAUUCCAGAAGAUUCUGGACUUCAUGAAGGAUGUGAUGAGGAAACUCGGCAACUCUUCCUACCAGUUUGCUGCUGUUCAGUUUUCUUCAGACUAUAAAACAGAAUUUACUUUCCGGGAUUACGUUCAAGUGAAGGACCCUGACAUACUGCUAGCCAACGUAACACACAUGCAGCUGCUAACCAACACCUUCGGGGCCAUCAGCUAUGUCGCGGAACAUGUGUUUCAGCCAGAGCUGGGGGCCCGGCCAGAUGCUACCAAAGUCCUCAUCAUCAUUACCGAUGGGGAGGCCACUGACGACGGCACCACUGAUGUGGCCCAGGACAUCAUCCGCUACAUCAUCGGGAUCGGAAAGUUUUUCCAGACCAAGGAAAGCCAGGAAGCGCUCCACAAGUUCGCCUCCAAGCCCACAGAAGAGUUUGUGAAGAUUCUGGACACAUUUGAGAAGCUCCAGGAUCUGUUCACGGAGCUGCAGAGGAAGAUCUAUGUCAUCGAGGGCACAAGCAGGCAGGACCUGACUUCCUUCAACAUGGAGCUGUCCUCCAGUGGCAUCAGCGCCGACCUCAGCAGGGGUCACGCCGUGGUGGGGGCCGUGGGAGCCAAGGACUGGACCGGGGGCUUUCUCGACCUCAAGGCCGACUUUCAGGAUGCCACAUUUGUUGGCAACGAACCGCUGACAUCAGACGCAAGAUCGGGGUACCUGGGUUACACAGUGACCUGGCUGCCAUCACUCAGAAAUGCACCACUGCUGGCAACAGGAGCCCCCAGGUACCAGCAUGUGGGGCAGGUAUUGCUAUUCCAAAAGCAAAGCGUCCCAGGACCCUGGAGCCAGGUCCAGAAAAUAGCCGGGACCCAGAUUGGCUCUUAUUUUGGAGGGGAGCUCUGCGGUGUUGACCUGGACCAAGAUGGGGAGACGGAGCUGCUACUGGUGGGAGCCCCGUUGUUCUAUGGGGAGCAGAGAGGAGGUCGGGUGUUCAUCUACCAGAGAAAGCAGCCAGGGUUCCAGAAGGUUUCGGAGCUACACGGGGACUCUGGCCACCCCUUGGGGCGCUUUGGAGCAGCCAUUGCCGCCCUGGCAGACCUCAAUGGAGACGGGUUGCUGGACGUGGCCGUGGGGGCCCCACUGGAGGCACAGGGGGCCGUGUACAUCUUCAAUGGACAGCAGGGAGGGCUCAGCCCCCAACCCAGCCAGCGGAUAGAAGGGAUUCAGGUGUCAUCCGGAAUUCACUGGUUUGGACGCUCCAUCCAUGGGGUGAAGGACCUGGGAGGCGACGGCCUGCCCGAUGUAGCUGUGGGCGCCGAGGGCCAGGUGAUCGUGCUCAGCUCCAGGCCCGUGGUGGACGUCAUCACAACCAUGUCCUUCCUCCCGGCCGAGAUCCCGGUGCAGGAGGUGGAGUGCUCCUAUUCAGCCGCCAGCCACAAGAAGGAAGGUGUCAACGUCACAGUCUGCUUCCAGCUCAAGUCCUUCAGCCCUCACUUCCAAGGCCCCCUAGUGGCCACACUCAGGUACACUCUGCAGCUGGACGGCCAUCGGACCCGCAGCCGGGGGCUGUUCCCGGGCGGGAAGCAAGAGCUCCGCGGGAACACGACUGUCACGCCCGUCCAGUCCUGCACCAAGUUCUGGUUUCACUUCCCGGUGUGCAUUCAAGACCUCAUCUCCCCCAUCAACGUCUCCUUGAGUUUCUCUCUGUGGGAUGAGGAGACAGCCGGGGAACAGAUGACGGUGCAGCCUAUCCUGAGACCCGCGCCCCACUCGGAGACCAAGGAGCUCCCCUUCGAGAAGAACUGCGGAGAGGACAAGAAGUGCGAAGCUGACCUGAGGCUGGCCUUCCCUCCUGCCAGAUCCAGCGCGCUGCACCUGAUGCCCUCGGCCAGUCUCUCCGUGGAGCUGACGCUGAAGAACCUGGGAGAGGAUGCCUACUGGGUGCGGCUGGUUCUCCGCAUCCCCCAGGGACUUUCCUUCCGCAAGGUGGAAGCGCUCAAGCCACAUAGCCACAUACCUGUGAGCUGUGAAGAGUACCCUGAGGAGCCCAGGCUCCAGAGCAAGAACCUCACUUGCAAUGUGAGCUCUCCCAUCUUUAAAGCUGGCAGCGAGGUUGUUAUCCAAGUGAUGUUCAACACGCUGCAGAACAGCUCCUGGGGUGACGUGGUACAGCUGCACGCCCACAUAUAUUGUGAAAACGAAGACGCAGGUCUGCUGGAGGACAACUCAGCCAUGACCACACUUCCAGUCCUGUACCCCGUCAACAUCCUCAUUGAGGACCAGGAAAACUCCACACUGUAUGUCAGUUUCACCCCCAAGGGCCCCAAGAUCCACCACGUGCAGCACAUCUACCAGGUGCAGAUCCAGCCCUCCAUGUACGAUCAUAGCCCACCCGUACUGGAGGCCUUGAUCGGGGUGCCAGGGUCCCCUAGCAAGGGGCCUGUUACCUACACGUGGACUGUACAGAUGGAGCCUCCUGUCACCUGUCAGCUCGAGGACCUGAACAGGCUGCCCAGCGCGGAUGAGCCCUGUCUCCCUGGAGCCCAGUUUCGCUGUCCCAUCAUCUUCAGGCGACAACUCCUCGUCCAAGUGCUUGGGACCAUGGAACUGACGGGCGAGAUUGAGGCCUCUUCCAUGUCACGGCUCUGCAGUUCCCUCUUCAUCUCCUUCAAUAGCAGCAAGCACUUCCACCUGUACGGCAGCAACGCCUCCAUGGCCCAGCUGAUCAUGAAGGUGGACGUGGUGUUGGAGAAGAACAUGCUGCAAGUGUACCUGUUGAGCAGCUUCGGGGGCCUGGUACUCCUGCUCCUCAUCUUCCUGGCGCUCUACAAGGUGGGCUUCUUCAAGCGGAACCUGAAGAAAAAGAUGGAGGCUGAUGGAGACAUCCCCAAUGGAGUCCCUGGGGAAGACUUGGGGCCGCUGGCCCCUCCAGAAGGAGCUGAGGACACGGGGUGCCUGGAGCCGCUACAAGGGAAGGAGGCACCAGAAGUCGAGGGCAAGGACUGAGGCCUCAGGGUGCCGCACACAGCCCUGUGCGUAUGCCUGUGUGUCCCAGGCGAGUCCCUGCCUCUCCUCAGGCCUCAGUUUGCCCGUGUUGAGCCUGGAGCUCGUCCUGCUGCUGCCCCCUGCA